AUGGCUUGGGUGGAUCGGGUAGCCUUGGUGGCGGGUGGAUUCGAUGGUGGAUUAGGUGGUUUCGAUCCUGGAUUAGGUGGUUUCGAUCCUGGAUUGGGUGGACUCGAUGGUGGAUUGGGUGGUUUCAAUCCUGGAUUUGAUGGAUUAAGUGGGGCUGGUAACAUAGAUGGUGGAUUGGAUGGUUUUGAUGGCGGAUUAACCGGUUUUGAAGGUGGAUUGAGUGGAUUCGAUCACGGACUCUCUGGUCUCGACGGAUUCGGCACCUUUGAUGCUGGCUUAAGCGGUUUCGAAAGUGGAUUCGAUAGUGGAAUAAGUGGAUUAGGUGGUUUUGAUGGAUUAAGUGGCUUUGAUGGUGGAAUUGGUGGAUUCGACGGCGGAUUGGGCGGCCCCGAGCUUGGAUUAGGUGGCCUAAGUGGAUCAGGCGGUGGCUUAAGUGGCCUAGAUGGACUGAGUGCUCUAGACGGUGGAUUUGGCAGUGACCUGGGUGGAUUUGGGGCAGGACUGACGAGUUUUGAUGGCGCCGUCGCUGCUCCACUUGUCGGUGGAGUGGCAGACGGAUUCGGUGGAGCUGGAAGUGGAUUCGCAGGUUCUGGAGGUGGAGCGGGAAGUGGAUCAGGCAGCGGGGUGGGUUUUGACGUUUCCGGUGGGGUGGGGGGCCAGGGAGGACUGGCGCGGGGGGAGGAGGACUCGCGGACUCCCUCACCGCUGCAACCCCGGGCGGAGAAGCUGCUGGUGUUGGACUCCCUCUGGUCGGGGCUGGCAGUCCCGGGGGCGGCGGGGCGGAGUCUGCUGGCGCUGGGUUCCCCGCCCUGUUGUUGUGUUGGUAGCCCUGUUGAUACCUCAGUUGGUGUUGGUAGCCCUGUAGCUUCCUCCCUUGGUACUAUUACCCCAACUGAUACCUCCAUCGGCGCCGGCAGCCAUGGCGAGGCCUCAUUUGGUAUUGCUGAUACAUCCGCUGGAGGUCUCAUUGGCAGCCCUGUCGACGCCUCCGCUGGCUCGGCUGGGUCUGUCGCCGCCGCGUCAGAGCCUUCCGCAGGGUCGCUCAGCGCUGGGAGCACGAGUCCCGUCCUCUCCGGCAGCCCCCUAAGUGCCGGCGCCCCGUCAACCCUUACGAGCUUCAUGAACUUCGGAAGCCCCGUCGGUGUUGGCACGCCUGCUAGUGGUACGGGCUUCAUGGCGGUUGGUAGCCCUGUCAGCAUUACCACUCCUUCGAGUGUUAAGAGUGCUAUGACUGUUGGCAGCCCUGUCAGUGUUAGCAGUCCUCUGGGUGCUGCGAGUUCCAUGACAAUUGGCAAGCCUGUCACUGUCAGCAGUCCUUCGGGGUUUAAGAGCACGAUGACAAUUGGCAGCCCUGUAAGCGUGAGUUCUCCCGCGCAGACUACAGCUACAGUCGUCAGCAGACCCGCGAGUGCUGACAGUCUCCCAAAGACUGGAACUUCUACACGUGUUACAGGCACUGUGGGUGUUGCUAGUCCUGCAAGUGUUAGCAGCCCAGGAAGUGUUGGAACAUCCGCAAGUGUUCAAGGCGCCGCGGGUGUUGGCAGUCUCGUCCAAGGCAGCAGCUCAAUAAGUGCUCCCGUAAGUUUGAAAAACACAAUGGCUGUUGGCAGCCCAGUGAGCAUUAGCAGCACAGUCGGCGCAGGCGUUGGAGGAGGUGUCGAGAGCAGCAUGGCAGUCGGCAGCCCCGUCAGCGUCGGCAGGCCGGGCGGGGUCGUGAUCAGCCGCGGCGUGACGACCGCAGGCCCUGUGCUCUCCCACGGCGGCGGAGGUCGAGGCGAGGGCGACCGCGGCAGCAGGAGAGCCAGUGGUUUCAGCAUCACGAAGGCUCACCUGACGCACGUUGGCACCUUCGAAGGCACUGACAUUAUAGAUCAUAUAUUCGAUGGCGACGGCUUCAGCGUCACCAGAGCUCGACUGACCCACGUUGGCACUCUGCCUCCGGCCGGCUCUUCCGGUGCCAGGCGAGGCGAGGCGAGAGAUUACGGCAGAUAACUUCCAAUCCAUGGCUGAGAUUCCAAGAUUCCAAGUUCCGUGAAGAUUCCAAGAUUCCAAGUUCCGUGAAGAUUCCAAGAUUCCAAGUUCCAUGAAGAUUCCAAGAUUCCAAGAUUCCA